AUGGCAGCAAUGCAUUACAACGCGCAGAUGGUCUCGGAGGAGCUGCAUCCGCGACACCUCUACGGCCUCCAGCAGAGACUGCAGGAUCCCGGCUCGUCGCCGCGAUCGGAGGACGCGCGAUCCCCCCUGGAGAGUCGCGUGAGGUCCCUCGAGGAAAUGCGUUUCGUAGGCGGCCGGUCGCCGGACGUGGAGGACCGGGUGGUGAGAUACCACGAGGACGCGGGGGGCAAGAGAGGCUUCCCCAAGGAACACACGGCCUCCGGCUUCUUCCAGGACCCGGAGAAUGCGACUGGGAAGUGCUUCGGCGACGAGCUGACGGCGAGUCGCUGCCGCGAGCCGGAAACUUCGCCCGGCAGGACGUCCUCGCCGCAGAGCUACAUCCUCAGCUCGCCCAGCCAACACAGCGGCUCCAUCGGCAAGACGUCCUUCUGCAUCGACGCGCUGUUAGGGCGCGCCGCCAGCAAGCAGAGCGAUCAGUCGGCGAGCGAUCGGCAGAAGACCUUCAGGAGCCACGUUGCGGACGGGCUGAACCUCAGCGGUGUCCAAGGAGGAGAAUCCCCGGGCGCCGGGGUGAGGUGCUCCACGGAGCAAAGGACCCCCUCCUCCUUGGGCAACCCUCUGCAUCCCUUCGUCCAACAUCACGGUUCCGACUCGCCGGGUCUCGAGACGCGCGAGAGACAUUCCACGAGUCGCGAGGCCGUCCUCCACCACGGCGACACCGGCGUGUCGGUGCAGCGCGGCCAGUUCAGGCCCGAGACGGGGCCCAGCGGCUAUCGGAACGUCGACCGACUGGAGAAUGUCGAGGACGACACGUCCGUCGACGUGGACCCGACGCGAACCGGAAGUGCCAGUCCCGGCAGCAACGCGAGUCGCAGUCCCGCCUCCAGUCCCCCCAUUUCUCCCGGCUCGGAGGACCCCACGAGCAACGGGGUCCUCGGCCAUCAGAGUCUCGCGUCCGGGCCCUACGGAGUGGGCGCGGCGGUGGUCAGACAGAAUCAAGGCCUUCUACUGCAUCCCGCGGGUCCACUUAUCCAUCCCGGCGGACUGUACUAUCAUCCGGCCGGCGGCAGCGCCUUUCACUCGAUACACAAGGAGGGUCAACCGGUCGGCCAUCCCCAAUCCGGCGGGCCUCAUCCACAGCAACAUCACAUCCAUCCACUUCAGCUCGAGUGGCUCGCCCGGACCGGCAUGCUGUAUCCGAGACUGCCCGCGGAUUUGGCCGGUUGUGCGGCGCAGCACGCGUUGCUGGGUAAGACCAGGAGGCCCAGGACCGCGUUCACGUCUCAGCAGCUUCUGGAGCUGGAGAAACAAUUUCGACAGAACAAGUACCUCAGUAGACCGAAGAGGUUCGAAGUCGCGACGUCGUUGAUGCUAACGGAAACCCAGGUGAAAAUUUGGUUUCAAAACCGACGGAUGAAGUGGAAGCGCAGCAAGAAGGCGCAGCAGGAGGCUCGCACGAGCGGAAAAGUCGAGGACGCCGGAAGCACGAGGAGUACCGAGCGAGACGCCGGGAGCGACGUUAGCGUCAACGCACCCGGAACUCCAGAGGAGUCCAGGGGAACGCUCCAGGAGAGUCAAAGGACCGGCACGGAUCUUCAGGAACCCUUGUACCGGCCUUAUGUGGUUUAA